GCACCGUGGGCUCCUCCGGCCCCAGCCAUGGCGAAGCAGUACGAUGUGCUGUUCCGGCUGCUGCUGAUCGGGGACUCCGGGGUGGGCAAGACCUGCCUGCUGUGCCGCUUCACCGACAACGAGUUCCAUUCCUCGCACAUCUCCACUAUCGGUGUUGACUUUAAGAUGAAGACCAUAGAGGUAGAUGGCAUCAAAGUGCGGAUACAGAUUUGGGACACAGCGGGGCAAGAGAGAUAUCAGACCAUCACCAAGCAGUACUAUCGACGAGCCCAGGGAAUAUUUUUAGUCUAUGACAUUAGCAGCGAGCGCUCUUACCAGCACAUCAUGAAGUGGGUCAGUGAUGUGGAUGAGUAUGCACCAGAAGGUGUCCAGAAGAUCCUCAUAGGGAAUAAGGCUGAUGAAGAGCAGAAACGGCAGGUGGGAAGAGAGCAAGGGCAGCAGCUGGCUAAGGAGUAUGGCAUGGACUUCUACGAAACAAGUGCCUGCACCAACCUCAACAUUAAAGAGUCUUUCACACGUCUGACGGAGCUGGUGCUGCAGGCCCACAGGAAGGAGCUCGACGGUCUCCGGACACGUGCCAGCAACGAGGUGGCACUGGCAGAGCUUGAGGAGGAUGAGAGCAAACCUGAGGGCCCAGUGAACUCUUCUAAAACCUGCUGGUGCUGAGGAUCCUACGUGGAGCACCCACAAAUCCCCCCUCCCCUCAGGAGGCCUGUGGGCAGACAGGGAGUCUGGGCUUUGCCCUGCUUUUCCUCUCAUCUGGGUGACCCCGUGGAAUAGCAGCAGCAGCUGCUGCUCCCCCUGCCUGGCCCUGAGAGCAACUCGGCACUCCGCUGUCACCUCUGAGCAGCCCCUGCCCCCAGCCCUGCCCCCCGGAGUGGUAUUCUUCAGCCCGUUCCCUCCUGCAGGCCUGCUCGGAGCCCCGGCCGUGCCCGAGCGCUCUCGCUGCCCAGCUCCCCAGACAAUGGCCCGUCUGGAGUCGAGGCCACUUUAAGGCUCCUUAGUGCAUCUUGUCUCCUGUCAGCUUUCUUUCUCUCCUUACCUCUUCUCUUUGUCCCCUCAAGCCCUUUUCCCUGUGUGGCCUGCUUUGUGGCUGCUGGUGCAGCUUCUUUCUUUCCUCUCUUCC